UUGCACACAAAGACCAUAGAUAACAGCAAUUUCUCCUUAACAUAAAGGAUAAACGGAAAUUAUAUAUUGAUCACAAAACAGGAAAAUCUGUACCUGCGCAGGUAAAGGAAGCGUAACCGAUGGUUGCCAUGGUAACCUGUAAACAAGUUGGCCGCCCGGGUCAGACAGCGUCAAGACUCAUAUUUCAGUUAAGGAUCAUUCUGUGAUUCGAUUCUGACAGCUGCUACAUGUGACUGGUGGGUGAGAAGGAGUAAACGAUGGCGCCAAAAGGAGGGAAGAAGGGAGGCAAAAAGAAAGGAGGGAAGAAAAAAGACAAAAAGGAAGACGAAGACGAAAAACCCAAAGAAGAAAUAUCUGAAUUGGAUAAGCAUUAUUAUCUCAAUCAAAUAUCAGCAUUGGAGGUCAAGCUAAAGCGUUCCACUACGAGGUGCGAGCAGCUGGACGACGCCGAGAAGCACGCGAGGACACAGUACGACAAACUGCAGCAGGAUAAGACUGACAUCAUCAAGUUCCUGAAGGACAGACUAACGGCGAAAACCGACGAGGUAGAGGAAUUAAGGAGCAGAUUAACGGGGCUGGUGAAAGCCAAACAGGCGGAGAAGGAGCAGUAUGAGGAAAGGCUGACGAAGCUGGGGAAGGACGCAGAAAACACCCGACUGGAUCUAAAUGACCAGAUCAUCGCCCUCAGCAGGAAGUUGGAAAGUCUGGAAGAAUUUAGACAACACAAAGAGGAACUCGAAGCGAAGUUAAAUGGACUCGAAAAGGAACUUGCUGAAAAUAAGGAGAAAAAUCAGGAACAGGUGAGCGUGCUGGAGAAGGCCUCGCUGGUAGAGGCCGCCGCCCUGCGCUCGGAGCUGGAAGCCCGCGUGACCAAGAUCACCGAAGACCUGCGUCUCGCGGCGCAGACCGAGGUCCACUCGACCACCCGGCGCGCCCUGCACGAGAACGAGGCCCUGACGCGCACGCUGGACAUCUUCAGGGAGAGAGUCGCAGCCCUUAGGGGGGAGAACCAAGAGCUGAGGGAAAAUUUGACGGAGUCGCAGGUGCGAGAGGCGCUGUUACAGGACACGGUCCGAAGGGUGACGGCGCGGGGCGAGCGGCGGGGGAGGCUGCUGCAGGCGGUGACGGAGCGCGCCGAGCAGCACGCGCACGUGUGGCGGGACUACCACCGCCUGGCCAGGGAGAACGAGCGGCUUCGAACGGAUUUACAAGUCAUGCAGGCUCAGCUGGACGCAGCGACGCAAACCACCCGCGACCUUCGAGAGCGCACCGCGGAGAAGGACAUCGCGCUGGACCUCACUGCUUCACAUCUACAACAGGAAGAUGUUGCGCGACGAGCCUUGCAAGACACCAUCAAAUCAGCAUUAGGCCUCCUGCAUCACGCUGCCUUUCAGGAGGGAGACAGCGGCGAAUCGGACAACGUGGCCGCCAUCCUUCAGCAGCUGGUGAACCUCCUCACGGCUGCCGAGUUCUCCCACCUCCCCGGAAACCAGGAUUCCGACCAUCCUAACGCCUCUUCAGAUUCGGCGCCGCCCAGCAAGGCCGACCAGCGAAACCACGCCUCCGAGAGCGGGGACCAGGGCGAAGGGCAGUUCAGGUACCGGUCUGGAGACCUGGGGUUCCUGCCGCGGCCUCAAAGGAAGACCAAACCGCAAAGACAGGAUUCCUGAUCCGCUCGCCUUCCUAGCUGAGUCACCAGCGCGAAAGUACACUGAGCAAUGGAUGAAGCCUCACUUAGCCAAACUAUGCAUGUCAUAGCAAUGUUACAGUAAUAAAAUAUGUAAAGUAAUCAUAUACCGUUAUGUUUUUCUAAGUUCCUUUUAAUGGUUAUCUUUAUUUCUUACUGAAGAAGUCUAAUGGUAGUUGGAGAAGUAGGAGAAGAAUUCAGAGAAUGAGCUGAGGGAACAGGGGAAGGUGAAGAAGUAUCAGGAAGAAUGUCAGGAGGGAAGAAUCCGGAGGACAAUGUUGGGGCAUAAGGGUCACGUGAUCAUCCAGGUGGGAGAAGGAUAAUGGGGAAAGAAGAGGAAGGAGAGGAUAAGGUGUUUUGGGGGAGAGAGGGAGGAAGAGGGUAGGGGGGAACUUGAGGAGUAAGGAUAUCGGCAAUUAUUUUGAAUGUAGAGGGAAUGGGAAUAGAGGGAUGAGGGAGCAGAGUAUUCUCUUGGGUCACGUUUAGGAAGUUUUGGAUGUCUUCGAGAGUUUCUGGAAGGGAUUUGGGUGAGAUCUGAGAAACAAAAGUUUUCUUGUGAUGAAGAGGACAGGGGAUAGAUGUCCGGGGACCAGAGGCAGAGGGGGGUGGAAAAGAGGACGUGGUAGAAGAUAGGGUGGAGCGUUUAGAUCGCCUGGUGCGCCACGUAGAGUGAGAGGUGGCGUGGUAGGCCUCGGGAAAGUGGAGUAUCUGGAUUUUAGACCGAAAAGGAAAUUUGACUGGAUGAGAGAGGGAGUAGAGGCAAGGGAUACUGGGGAAGUUGCUGAGACAUACUGAGAUGGGAGGGAAGCGGAACGAAGGACAGUUUUGGAAUAGGUAGAGAGGGAUUAGCCUCGUCGUCAAGCUUCCGGUCUGACUCCAUGUAGAGUGAGGCCUAGGUUGAAUCUGAAAAGUGCUACCUUAGAUUCUAGCUUAAGGGCAGGGUAACUCAUAUAAAAUGUAUUAUGGGAGCCACCGCAAUUGGCAGAAGUGCGUGAGUGAACAGAUUGGGACUUAGAGGGCAGUGGGAGCGACGGUGUUGGCUGGGUGGUCAAAACGCCAACAUUGACGGGGAAGGGAUCGAUGGUCGGAUAGGGCAGGGCACUAUACUGAUGUACGCUACAUGGGGGAGGUCAUGUCUACAGAGGUUCAUCUUGGCAAUAUUGGUGUAGGACUUACACUGUGAGGAAUAGCGUAGCAAUGUACUGCCUCUGCAUCAUAGUCUGUGAGGCAGGCGAGCUGGUCGUUUUCACAGUCUGACCAGGUCUUCUUGUAGCAAGGACAAUCAAUCGGGAUGACGGAAACAAUUCCGGUACAAGUAUUAAGGGAGGAGUUAGGUUCGGCAAGAAAAGGUUUGCCAGUGACGCCAAUCAGGGUAUAUAGCGCACGAGCUUGGGACUCGGAUGCAAUUGUAACAGGACGUGAAUGUUCAGAACGACUGCCAAAGGAAACUUUGCCUGCUUGUUUUUGAAGACUGUUGGAAGAGGAGGAUAUCAUCUGAGUUAGGAACUUUAGCGGGAAUCACAAAGAAUCGAUCCCACUUGCCUGGUAUGGAUAAUGGAAGACUGUUGAGAGGAAAUUUCGCAUCAUUUGCCGAGUGACAAAGCUACCCUUUCUGGAUGAAGGUGGGGAGUAACACGAUACAUUGAUUUAAUCGUGUUGAUUUACCU